AAACAUGAAUUUACUUGACAAGAAACAGGACGCGCUCAUUUACAGUAGAGUUCAGAUUUAAUAAAAGAUAUUGUCUAAAGAAAACAAAAUAUCAAUAUGGAUUUGACAUGUAAUGUAAUGACUGCCGUGUUUGUCCAGUGAUUUACAGUAUUGAGAAAGGAGGAGUGUGUGGGGGAGGGGCGAUAAGAUCAGUUCUACUCUAUUAGACGCCACGCGCUCAGGCUGUAGUAUAUAAACCCGCGCGCAGAAGCUCGAGCUCAUUCACCUGCUGUUGCUCGCGCUCACCGGUGGCAUCUGACGCAGUUCGAGAGCUUUUCGCAUCGCAUCACAACAGUUUUCACACUGAACGAAUCGCAUCCUAGCAAAGUGAGUACAAAAACACAACACAACACAUUUAUACAGUUCAAUAUUCACGAAACAAACAUUUUAUUUGAUCGAAAUGCGUGUUUGAGUAAACAAGCGUCGAUUCAAGCGUCGUGGAAAUACACCCAAUGUCUGUGUUUGUAACGACAAUUUACGAUGUAAAUCCAUCAAAAUAACCCAAUAAUGUAUGAUAUUAAUAUGAAGAAAUGUUGUGUAGUGAUAUUUCAUCUGUAUUUGGACGUUUGUGUUGUGUUGUUGAUGGAAAAUCAGUAAAAUGAAUGCGAUAAUGUCCUGACAGAAAAUUACCAGUAUAUCGUACAUCCUUCAUUUAUUUCUUCGUUUUUUGUUAAAAGUGUACAUUUUGCAAUAAUACCACAUAUCUUCAUACCAUGAUUGUAUAGGUUUCGUUUGUUUAUUGCUAUAACUGAUUUCUCCGUCGUUCUCUUGUGUGUCUGCUGCUAAAAUGUGUGUUUUUGUCAAGAUGAUGUGGAAGAAGAGUUGAUUUGAUAUUGAACUGAAUAGAGAUUAGAAAUAAGCAUUGUAUAAGAAAAAAAGAAUUAUGUGCGCUUUAUAUUUACAUUAUUGGAUUGGAAACACAGGCUUAAGAGCAGUUUUUAAAUCUUAAAAAUAUAUUGUUUGUAGUAAAAGCAUGGUUCAUUUUCAUAAGGGAUUGUGUUUCUGUUGUAUAUCUUGUUUAUUGUAGUGUAAUCAUUAGCCCAAAACCUUCUUUAUUUAAUGGAGACUCUUUUGUCUUUUCCAGAUGGCAGCUCAGCUUUUCCUGGUUGCUAAGGGUGAUCGUAAUGGAUGUAAAGAGAUCCAUGGGUUCAGCAAUAUGUCUGAAGACGAAGUCAAACAGUUGUUUUCUGCUGACGGCGAUGAAAACAUCCAGCUCUUCAGCGUUCAGCUGGACGACAUCUCGGAUGAAAAUCCUUUAGUAUUGGCCUUACGCCUGCUAGAGCAAGACGGAUCUUACGGUCCACAAUUCAUGGAGAUGGAGUUGGGCAGCCACUUGUUGAAUCGGACCGAUGGCAAAGGGGUGGAAAUGUAUGUGCAGUUACUGGAUGACCUCACAGCAUCAGUCAUGUGCAGAGGAACAGAAACCACACAGACCUCAGGAACAAAAGCACUGAAGGACGUCUUCUAUGAUUUGAGCGUUCCCUUAUCAAAUCAAGGAGCCAUCGCGGUGGAGUUGGGCAACAUCUUGGACUUGGACGGCAGCCCAACAGAGGAGGUGUCCAGAGAUGAGAACGACUGCUCCGACACCGAUUCACAGGAGGAGGUUUUCUAUGAUGCAGUAGAUCAGCUGUCAUCAUAUGAUGAAUCGGACCUCCCUGAAGAGAGCGAGACUGAGGUGUUCUACGAAUGCUACGAGGACCUCAGUGAAGAUCAGGCCGUCGACAGUCUCGUGAUGGCAGCUCAGCUUUUCCUGGUUGCUAAGGGUGAUCGUAAUGGAUGUAAAGAGAUCCAUGGGUUCAGCAAUAUGUCUGAAGACGAAGUCAAACAGUUGUUUUCUGCUGACGGCGAUGAAAACAUCCAGCUCUUCAGCGUUCAGCUGGACGACAUCUCGGAUGAAAAUCCUUUAGUAGUAAGUCAAGAACAUUAUUAUAACAAAUCACACUACAGACUUCUGACCGACACAAUACAAUCAUUUAUAAAUCCCUACCUGUACCUCGCCGUGGUGGAAGGGCGGCAACGCAUCAAUGCGGCUAACACAGGAGGUGAAGCAGAUGAGGAUUAA